UUCCGUGCCAACUUCAUUUAGAGUCUGGCAUGUUGGGUGCCAGUAUAUGAAUGCUACAGCACUGACUAUAUUCCCUAGAGGCUGAUAUGAUUGGCAAAUUUGACCACGUUUGAGUCAGUCUUGUUCCGUGCGGGAUAUCGCCCGCCUACUAACUAACCAUCAUGCCGUCUCCUCUCCAACCAAAUGCCACUACGAAGGUCUGCUUCAUGACUGUGGGUGCUACAGCUUCUUUUCAUCUUCUUCUACAGUCAAUACUGGCAGACCAGUGUCUGCUGGCAUUACAGAAACUAGGGUUUACCCACCUACUUGUGCAAUAUGGCAAGGACGGCCAGGCUCUUUGGGAUGAGUUCCAGAACAGAUGCCCUCCUGACAGUGAAAGCCGACAUGGGCUUGAGAUCGCCGGAUUCGACUUUAACCAGGCUGGACUAGACGAAGAGAUGGGCUUGACUCGAGCUGAUCCGUCUGAGGGCCGAGUCGGGGGACUUAUCAUCAGCCACGCUGGAUCGGGAAGUAUUCUUGGAGCAUUACGGCUUGGUGUGCCGCUUGUUGUUGUACCGAACCCAACCCUGAAGGAUAAUCACCAGGAAGAACUGGCACAGGAACUGCAGAAGCAGGGAUAUGUAGUCGCCAGCAACUACUGGGAAAUCUCGAGUGCACUCCCUCGUGCAGAAAAGCUGCGAGCUCAGAUGCUGGCUUGGCCGCCUGUGUGUGGAGUAAGCCAGCGGCGCCAGCCAACGCUGGAGAGCGUGAUGUCUGACGAACUGGGCUUCUUAGAUUGAAGCCGCCUUUGGGUCUUUAUCACUAGCACCGGUCGAAUCCACUCUGCCGGGCGCAUUGAAAGCGAUACAUCUGUAAGUUGUUUGGGAUGACACCGCCAUUAUGCGGUACGAUUAUAAUUAUCAUGACUAUGGAAGUCAGCGGGUAGCUGGCCGUGAGCAUUGAGCAAUGAGGAGUCUUAAAACCAAACAGCCAUGGGAGGUAGAACGGACGGUUUUACUUACGACUGAACUCAUCAGUGUCUUGGACAAUCCGCUGAAUGGUAGCUUAACAACGUUUAAAUAUAGGUUAUUGGGAAUGUAUCUGUAGGGGUAGCCAAUCCGUUUGGG